GCGUGUUCCAGUGGAUAGAGCUGAGAGACUGGGAUAGAAGCAGCGUGUUCCAGUGGGUAGAGCUGAGAGACUGGGAUAGAAGCAGCGUGUUCCAUUGGAUAGAACGGAGGGACUGGGAUAUGUGCAGGGCGGCAGAGUGGUCAUUACAAAGGGACUGGGAGACAGCAUGGCCUAGUGGUUAGAAUUAAAGACUGGGGUGAGGUAUACAUUGUGUCCAAGUGAUCAGAGCUGAGAGAGUGGGCUAUAGUGGACCCUGAUUAGAAGUGAGAUGUAAGGCAGGCCGGUCAUAGUGCUUUGGAACGCCCUAGCCUGGCAUUUGUGCAGAUUAGAGGCCAGGUAAGGAACUCUGUUAGUGGGAAGCACUUGAAUGUGUUUCGCAGUGCAGAUACUGUAUGGGAAUGUGUCAAGAGUUAAUAUUCCAGUCAGGAUGGGGAGCAGUGUUUUUCUUAGGGUUCAAUACUUUUGGGGGUGGGACCAGGAAUACUGUAUUGAGUUAAAGUUGACUAGCACUGUGCUAACCGUAACUGUUCCAGCAGCGGUACCGUGCAAAUAAACAUCCGUGCUUCAGUGCCUGUCCUCACAUGCGCACAAUGCAUUCACAUCACCACACGUUCGCAUGCUUGGUUCAGUGUGGAGAAAAAUGUGCGACAGGGAGGGUGCGCAUCAAACGCCACAAUCACUUCAAGUCGUGUGUGUGUGUGUGUGUGUGUAUAUAUUAUAAAAUUAGGAAUUUGUUUUUUUAAUGCAACUGGUAUUUUUUUCUGUAACUGUCGAGAAGCGUGUUACAUAAGCUAUCACUCCGAUGUAUAAUGAUGUCGAGCAUACAGUGUUAGUGUCAGGUUAUUUGUUUAACAGAUGUUAAUCUUGUAAAACAAACCAAUAAUGUGUGAAAACAGCAAAUAUGUAGCCUACUUCAUACUAUUUGUAACAUGUUUAUAGUAAAGAGAAAGUAACAAUGAGGCCGUAUGUAAUCAUUUAUUGGUUCCCUUUUAAAAAAAAAAAAAAAAAAAAACACGGCAUUCGAGAAACCUGAAACUACUCGGUUCCACCUUAAAUGACGCUACCUCAAGCACUAUUCUGUGCGCUAUCUCUGUCGAUCCACCUUAAACGCAGAUUGUGGGGAACGCAGGCGUACAGCAAGGCUUCCGCUUCAUUCCCAGCCGGGCUCGGACCGGAUCGGUGCACCGUCGUCACGUCGGAGAAGAAAGCAGUCACACCGCACAGCUGAACCGAGCCAAACGCGCCACCAUGACCGAACCCAAAUACCGGGAGUGGAUUCUGGAGACCAUCGACUCGCUGCGCUCAAGGAAAGCCCGGCCGGACCUUGAGAGGAUUUGCAGGAUGGUCAGGAGGCGACACGGGUCAGACCCAGACCGAACCCGGACAGAACUGGAGAAGCUUAUCCAGGAUCAAACCGUCUUGAAAGUCAGCUACAAGGGCUCAAUCUCGUACCGCAACGCCGCCAAGGUGCAAAGAAAAAGCAGAAAAAAGCUGGUGGAACCGGAGGCAGGCGGUGACAGUGCAGCCGCUUCUUCAAAUGGUAGGACAACGGGCGCAGAACUAGCCAAAAAUGCAAGCCCGGCUCUUAACAGCGCUUGCAUCCCCGCAGAAAUAAGGGCACACUGCUGCAAGGGCACAGAAUGUCCUGGAGAGGUGCAAUGCAAUGACGCCCAUUCAAAAAACGAGAGAGAAAACAGCGUGAAGGAUGCGGGAGACGUGGUCCCGGGUAGCGGAAACAGUUGUAUGUGCUGUGGCGCAGCGGGCUGCAAAAGUGAACCUCGCAAUAAUGCUACUGGUUGUACUAGCAGCAGCGACGCAAAUGGCCCGAAAGACAAGAAGCUGCAACAGACUGGCUGCCCGAGUAACGACACGAGUACCCCUGUGAACUGUGGGAAUAAUAUUAAAACACGGGCUUCUCUCGGGCCAGAGCCGGGCGUGUGCAGAAGUGCGUGCAGCUGCACGGAUUAUAAAACUUGCAGCCACCGGCACCGCAAGCAAGCGCCGCUCAAGAAGAGCAGCAGCAGCAGCAGCAGCAGCAGCAGCAGGCGGCUCACUCACAAAGCGUGCCGCAGCGGCGCAACCGAGGCUAAACCGGAUUUAGGGGACCGGCUUGUGGCGUCUGUUCGGAGUCUCGCCGAAAAGAGUGGACCCUCCGCCAGUAAGGCGAGUCACACACCGCUGGGGCUGAAGGAGAUCCUGGGCUUCCUGAGCUCGCAGGAGCGCCUCUCGCAAGAGAAGCUGACCCGGAGCAAAGUGAAAGUGGUGCUGGAGAGAGAGGUGGCGAAGGGGCGGCUGCGGAGGACGAGGUUCGGGAAUAUCACGCUCCCGUUGCGGGGGGAGGUGAGGAAGUCAGCCGCUAGACUGAUGAAGCCUCCGCCGGGCAGAGGCGGCAGAAAAACAAAGGAAGAGAAAGUCAUGGAAGGAGGAGAAGAACCAAUGGAAACUGACUCCUGCGAAGAGGAUCCAGCAAGUGUGUCUGAGGACCAAAACCCAACCAAACCGCCUUCAGAGGACCAAUUAGAAGAACCCAAAAGUGACGUCACCGGCACGGAGGAGUGUAACACAAAGCAGGUUCCCCCUGAGGAGGGCGACAUUAAAAGUCUUCCCAUGGAAUCUCCUGCUGCUGAACAAAGUUCCGCCUGUCAAGAGGCAGCACCAGUACAGGAAUGCAACCCUUCCUCCCCUCAGACAAAGGACUGCAGCUGUGAAACUGGUCUGUGCAAUGAGGAGCCAGGGGAAGAGAAGAAGGUUCUUAGCAGUAACAAUAUUCCUUCUGAACAGAGUGCUGAGUCUCUCUCUUUAAGCAACAUUGUGAAACUGUGCAGCAGUGAAACAAGCCCCCCUGAGGAGUGCCCCACUGAAGCCUCUAAAACUGAAGAAAUGCCCCCAGAGCUGCUGGACAGCACAGAGGAAGCAGAUCCCAGCCCAGUGGAGACGGAGAAAGAGGCAGUCUGCCUCCCUCUCCACAGAGCCCUCCAGAGCAGAGAAGAGGAGCUGCAGACUGAGCUCCAGAGCAGAGAAGAGGGGCUGCAGACUGAGAGCAGCAGUAUCCUUGCAGGCACUGCAGUGGAGGAUGAGAAGAUGCUCCAUAGAGAAUGUGGCACGCUGGCUGCCUCAGUCCUGUCCAUACCAAUGGAGAGCUGUGGCUGUGCUGUGGAGGCGGGCGUGGCUCCGUGUUUGCUCACCCCCUCCGCGUCGCCGGGGGAGACCGAGCAGCGAGUCCUCAAUGGAGAUGUCUGUGUGAAGGUAGAGAAGUGCGGUGUGGAUCCCGUGGACUGGAGCGUGGCGGACGUGGUGAGCUACUUCACUGCAGCUGGCUUCGGGGAGCAGGCUGGAGCCUUCAGGAACCAGGAAAUUGACGGCAAGUCCCUCCUCCUGAUGCAGCGCAGUGACGUGCUGAAGGGCCUGUCAAUCAGACUGGGCCCCGCCCUCAAGAUCUACGAGUUUCACAUCAAGGUGCUGCAGAGGAGUCACUUCCAGGUGGAGAGCGCCCUCUGCUGACAAUCCAGGGGAAUGAGCACAGACACAGGGAAGCCUGGAUACUUCAGACUCUAUACCAGCGGGAUGCCAUUGGCGCAGCACUAUUUUGUGUUUUUCUUCAGAUGUUGUUUUGAAACGCUGCCCUCAUACACCAGCAGAAUCUCCUCCUGUUUACGCUGACACUGUUUACAGACUCGCCCGCUAACCUGGGAUUAUGCAGUGGGCAAGCUCGCUCAGCAAUGCUUUUCAAAUAUGAUAAUCUAUACAUUGGCGAUGCCUCUGAGUAUAAGAAAAGUACGACAGUACACCCAUUUUAAAUGUGUUAGUGGUAUUGACAUCUGCUGCUGUUUGGACAAUUACAGUAUCCCAGACGAUGUCAUUUCCAGGCUUUGUCAAGGGAAUGUAAAAAGCUUGCUCCUGUUUUUGUGCGACAGAGCAAUGCUUCCCCCUUGACGUGAUGGCUUCAGGAACUGUGAUUUUUAAAAUACAGGCUGAUUUUUUUUUUUUUUUUUUUUUUUUUUAAUUGAUAUAUAAAAAAUGUUCUUUUAAACUAUGGAAUUGGUAUUUGUGUUAGUAAUGCUUCUUUUGAGAACUUGGUGAUUUCUGCGAAAUAUAAAAACAGCCAACGCCCGCCCCCCUAAAGACCUUGAUGAUCACUGCGCAGACCUGCCGUGUGUCAAGAGAAGGGGCCACCGCUCAAAUGGCAGAGCAUGCAAACCCAUUAAAGGUUCACGAAAAAGUCACAUCCAGAUUUAACUGUUUUUCUACAGCAUGUACAGUAAGCAGUCUCUUAUGUUUUUUUUAAUUUUUUUUUUUUUUUUUUUUUAUUGUUGCUGCUAUAAAUGAACAGUACCUGCACCAGAGAAAUGUUGGGAUACCAGGGGACUGUUAAUUGGAACGUGUUUUAUUUUCCAACGUCUUCCAUCUUCAUACAAGUUUCAUUCUCACAAGCCCAUGGUCCUUCCCUUCGACAGCUGUAGGGCAUCACUGUAAGAGAACCCCCUUUUCUACUGCAUUCCCACAAUAGCCUUUUACCCCUGCUGUUGUAAUUUGGUAGGAACUUCUAGAUUAGUCAGUUCAUGAAUUCCCAAGUUUGGGGGACUCGCUACACAAUUGUCCCCUGUGGUGUGAAGAGGCACUGGGGGACUCGAGUGAGUACCUGCAUGGGGGGAGGGCUGCGAAAAAGGGUUGUACCAUCACAAAACUGAAACCAACAGUGACAGAGGGCAGUCGAAGUGCUACUGAAACCUUAAGUGACUUUACACUUAAAUAAAAACAAACCAAGCGCAACGAAACAGUAAAGCGAGGAAGACAAGUUCUCCUGAAGUUUCCAUAUUGUCCUUUAAAUAGAAGUCAUUAAGUGUUGUUUUAAAAACAUUUCCUUUUUUUGUCAUGUCUGCUUUAUCAUGGGUCUCCAUUUAUCAUUGCGCUGAAGAGCCUUUUGUUGUUUGCUUGAUUUUUCUUCUUUCCAGUACUGCAUGCCACGUGUACUGUUUUAAACGCCCCCCCCCCCCCCCCCAACCCCCUGUACUGUAACUGAUCUACAGUGGGAGUACGGUCUGAUUUGGGGGGGGGGGGGGGGGGGGGGGCAGAGCUGUCCUGCAGCCCGAGAAGUGAUAAGGUACCAUCAGGGAUACCUUUAUGUUGUCUGAAAAUGAAAUGUCAUAUGUAUAAUAAAAAUGAGUAUUCAACACAAACAGAUGCUUGAGGAGUAGCAGCAAUGCUGCUAAACACGCAUAAGAGUUCAGAAACGUGUCAGUCGGGAGGGAUUUCAAGCACAGCAUUUUGAUUUGCUUCAGUGCGUUCAACCCCAUACUCGUCCGGUCACGUUAUAUUUUGUUUUAACAUUCUGAAUCUGUUACCCCACAAUGGAUUAACAAGACUGAUGAUUAACGCAAGCAGGGGUACCGUGACAGACUGCGAAUGCUCUCAACAGAGACUGAAAUACCUUUCCAUUUACGCUCACAGAAUUAUUCAUUAAAGUUGUUAACUGUC